AUGAUGAAUUCUGGUCUGUGGCCCUUGAAAGGUUGUGACAUAGGUCACCUCCUGACUAUGUUACUUGCAAUCAGUUGUGAAUUAUUUCUUCUCUACCUUUGCCUGUCUUGGAGUCCCUGGAAGCCUUGUGUUGAGAUGGAGCCACAAAUAGAAGCUGGAAAAAUCCAUGAUCUAUUGCUGGGAAGUGAGCUGCCCUGGCACAGGAUGCAUAGUGUCCUCUCUUCAGAUGCCAUCAGAAUGACAAUGAGUGAGCAACAUGAGCAGAUAAAGUCACAGAGCCUGUGCGACUGCCUCAGAGACCACAGAGAAGAUGCUGAAGGCAUCCUCACAAGUGGACACAAGAGGACUUCCAGAUAG